AUAGGGGCAUCAAUGCAAAUUCUUCCUCCUCCUCCUCCUAAAGCAUGAACAACAAACCAAACCAAUCAUAAUUUAAAUAUAAUCACAAAAAAUACAUGAACAAGUAACAAAGCCAAACCCAAGAAGUCCAUACACGGCCAACGAGUCACGGAGCUCUACCUUGCUGCCUGCGGCACCGACACGAAGUCCAUAAACGCCGUAACACACGUUACAGUGAGCCGCUGCUGGAGCUCAUGGCUUCACUGCGAGAGGGUGAUCCUCAUGGGGCAAAACUUGGGCAGCUUGAAUGCAAAUCUGUUCAUCUACAGGUUCCCGGAGUAUAUAGCUGUCGCUGUUUUCUCGCCGGCUCUCAUGCUGGACACCGCACAUCGGCCGGGAAUGUGCUGGUUGAGUUGGGGAUCUACUCACUAAAGGGUCAAAGCCUCAGACUUGCUCCUAGAAGUUCAAGCAUGGAGAAGAAAGAAGUGGAGACAUAUUGGCGGCUUAGACGAUCGCAGGUUGUACACCAAUACCUGUUGUGUCAGAUGUACAAAGGAAAGGGAAAAGCAAAAGGAACUCUAGGCCUUGUGGAGCUUCUCACUUGCGGGUUUCGAAUUUGCCUUCUCUUAAACCCAAAGACAGGGCAAACGGACCUCCUUCUUUCUUUGUUGGGCGGCACAAGCAUAAAAUCAAAAGCGCUGGACCCAAUCCAAACAAUUCGAGACUUCAUAAGACCGCUAAUGGAAUUGAUGCCCUCUCUUCAUUGGGAUGAGAAGGUAAUAUUGGUAGGCCACAGCUAUGGAGGAUUUUGUAUUUCGCUAGCCAUGGAUAGCUUUCCUGAGAAAAUCGAAGUGGCAGUUUAUGUGGCAGCGUACCUUAACUCGCACAUAACUACUCUUCUGAUAAUAAUAGGCAACAAGCAAGUACAGACGAUGUAUACUGUGGAAUCACAUAUUCAGGACCUGGAAUUAGCAAAGUUUAUACGUAGACCAGCAAGGAUGUUCAUGGAGGAAUUGGCGGACAAAUCCCUCAUCGCAGAGGAGAGAUAUGGGUCGGUGGCAAGAGUUUUCGUUGUGUGCGGAGACGACAAAACCAUGCGGGUAGAGUUUCAGAGACAGAUUAUCGAUCAGAAUACUCCCAAGGCAGUGAAGCUGAUCGGAGAUGCCGAUCACACGGCCAUGCUUUCCAAGCCUCAUGAGCUUUGUCAAUGCUUUGAGGACAUUGCAAAGAACUACGGUUGAGAAACAGAGUACGAAGUGCGUUGGUUCAAUUCGCAUUUCGCACCAUUAACAACCGACCAAAUUAUUGUUACUAUACUGAUUGUAUGAACUAAAUAUGACAUAUUGUAUCUCUUAAACUCUUACAA